AUGGUCACACAUACAGCUUCCCCCAGUCAAGUCCUUCGUUCAGACAAUGAUCCUCCAGGCCCUCGAUCGGGGUUGACAAGUGAACUGGAGAAGAUAUCAGAACAGGAGCGGCCCACAACCUCGUAUUUCUCUCUGCCUCAAAAACAGUCUACCAAUGAGUCGGCCGCUUCAGAAUCACCCGCAGAGGUUGCAAGGGGGGCACGGUCCGGAAAGGAGUUACUACGUCGGCUCAGUCUUGUUGACUCUAGAGGUGCUGAGGCUUUGGAGGUCGACCCGCGAACAGCGUAUCCUGGUUUGCGACUGAGUGGCAAUGUCAUCAGUGCUACUUUUUGUAUCCCAUAUCAACUUACGCACAAAGGAAAUGGUGAAUGGGCGCUUUCCAACAGACGCGGCACCUCUGCACUGUUUGAUUCAUUCGCGCAUCUCUCGUCGGAUAAGACGCCUUGGAAUCACACCUUGGUGGGCUGGACGGGCGAGAUCCGUACGCAGCAACAGGCGAGGGCAAUCAGCAUCUUACAGUCUGAUGCGGCGGCGGCAAUUGCGACGGCACAAGCUCCCCAUCCCAUUAACAAAUCUGCUGCACCCUACCCCGUGAACGGCACUACCUCGAAUACUCAUGUGCCUCAUCCUGACCAUUUGAGAUUGCCUCGUUCAGACCGGAACCGUCUAGAGAAAAUCCUGGCGCAGCAUCCCAACGGCAAGGUUCUCCCUGUGUGGCUACCAGAGGGACAGGGAGACGAGGACGGCGACUACAUUUUCAAAGACCAAAGCCGGUGGCGCAAAUACGCAGAGCACGAACUAUACACCCUUUUUCACUAUCGACACCACGGUCCCGACGAUGGCCGAGCUGAGAAGACUUCGUGGGCAGAUUACGUGCAGAUGAACCAGUGCUUCGCCGAUCGAAUCCUACACAUCUAUCAACCGGGCGAUAUUGUCUGGAUUCAUGACUACCACUUGAUGCUACUACCAAGCAUGCUGCGUCAACGCAUCCCCAACAUCUACAUCGGUUUUUUCCUUCACAUCCCAUUCCCUAGUAGCGAAUACAUGCGAUGUCUACCCCGAAGAAAAGAUAUCCUGACUGGAGCGUUAGGUGCGACAAUGAUUGGCUUUCAAUCAUACAGCUUCUCCCGACAUUUCAACUCCUGCUGCAAACGCAUCCUAGGUUUCGAAUCGAGCUCGGCAGGUGUGGACGCAUACGGAGCUCACGUCGCUGUGGACGUGUUCCCCAUCGGCAUCGAUGUGGCAGCGGUACAGAAGACAGCUUUCGGCGACCCUGUAAUAGAACAAAACAUGAAAGCCUUGAAGAAAAUGUACGCCGGCAAGAAGAUUGUUGUUGGUCGUGAUAGACUUGAUACCGUCCGUGGGGUAUCGCAAAAAUUGAUGGCAUUUGAGAUCUUCUUGGAACGAUACCCAGAGUGGCGUGACAAGGUGGUUCUUAUUCAGGUGACCAGUCCCACGAGCGUGAUGGAAGAAAAGGUGGACGGGGCUCACAAGAUCGAACACAAGAUCUCAAAUCUGGUCUCCAGGAUCAAUGGCCAGUACGGGUCGUUGAGCCAUUCUCCAGUGCAGCACUAUCCACAAUAUCUCUCGUCACAGGAAUAUUUUGCUCUUCUCCGCAUCGCAGAUGUGGGACUUAUCACGAGUGUCAGAGACGGUAUGAACACGACCAGUCUGGAAUACGUCAUUUGCCAGAAGAACAAUCACGGUCCAUUGAUUCUGUCAGAAUUUUCCGGAACUGCGGCCAGCUUGAGCAAUGCCAUCCACAUCAAUCCGUGGGAUUUGGGUGGCGUUGCAGACGCACUGAAGCAGGCACUGGAGAUGCCGGAAGCCCUAAAGAAGAGCAACCAUGAGAAACUCUACAACUACGUGACAACUCACAAUGUGGCGACCUGGUCAAACAGCUUUCUCAAACGGUUGCUCACCAACCUUACCUCAUUCACACAGAGCGAUCUGACGCCGGCACUGGAUCGCAAUCGAAUGAUCCAACAAUACCAUGCAGCAAAGAAACGGCUCUUCAUGUUCGACUAUGAUGGCACACUCACACCGAUUGUGAAGGACCCCAAUGCGGCAAUUCCAUCUGACCGAGUCAUCCGUACCCUCAAGGCCCUCGCCGCCGACCCACGCAAUAAUGUCUGGAUCAUCAGUGGCCGUGAUGCCUCCUUUCUCGAAGAAUGGAUGGGUCAUAUUACUGAACUGGGCUUGAGCGCUGAGCAUGGCUGUUUCCUACGACGGCCCGGGUCGGAAACAUGGGAAAACCUUGCUGCAGCCAUGGACAUGGGGUGGCAGAAAGAAGUGAUGGAGGUAUUUUCUUAUUAUACAGAACGCACUCAAGGAUCGUGGAUUGAGAAGAAACGAGUUGCACUCACGUGGCACUAUCGGCAGGCUGACCCUGAUUUUGGCGCGUUCCAGGCAAGGGAGUGUCGCAAGGCCCUAGAGGAGAAUGUCAUGAAAAACUGGGAUGUUGAGGUAAUGAGCGGGAAGGCCAACUUGGAGGUGAGGCCGCAGUUUGUGAACAAGGGCUUCAUCGCAACAAGGUUGAUUAACGAGUACGGAUACGCGAGGGGGGAACCACCAGAGUUUGUGUUGUGUCUAGGAGAUGACCAGACGGAUGAAGACAUGUUCCGCGCCUUGCUCAAGACAGACCUUCCCAAGGAACACGUCUUUGCGUGUACAGUGGGCGCCAGCAGCAAACGCACCCUGGCGACAUGGCACUUGCUUGAGCCAAGCGAUGUCAUCGCGACCAUCGCGGCAUUGAACAAGGCCGAAAACCUCUAG